AUGACGAAUACAAAGACGAAGAAAAACAAGCGCGCCAACAGGGCCGUCAGGACGAAACGAGCGAUAAUCGAAGACGAAGACGGCUGGGCCCAUGUCGUUGGCGGCCGAACGAUCAAGCCCGACGCGAGCAAGGCAAAAAUCAAGAAAUGGGGCUUUGAUGUCGUGACUUAUACCCUCGAAGAAGUAACGGCAAAAUAUGAGAGCUUAAAGGAUAAAUGGGAAGAGAGCGACGCCUGCAAGGAGCUUAUAAAGCUCGUUCAGCCAUAUGAGGGGAAGAGCCAGGUCAACAAUGUGGUGGUUAUGGGACUGGGGUCGUUUCAAACGCAGAUGGGGGACUUCUCCCAGACUACUUUUACGCAGCUGGCUGCGUUAGCUACUAUUAGGAAAACCUUAGCGAUAUGGGACAUUCCCGUGAUAGCACAGGAUCCAGCCUUUUCUCCUGUCGACAAAGAAUUCUUACAGUCACUUGGCUUCGAAGUGCUCGAGAGUCCAGAAGGAUUCGACCUUGUCAACACAGGCUCGUUGGUUUACGCCAUCCACUGCUAUCCGAUCGUCUAUGACCAAGUUGGAAAGAAGGGCCCGCCAGCUGUUCUUAUUGGGAACGACCUGACACGCCUAACUGAUGGACCGAUGUAA